CACUAGUCAUCCUUGCCAGCAUGUUUACAUUUCCCUUGCCUGCGGUCUCUUUAUCAAGCAAUGGGUUUGUUCUGCAUCUAGUAUAAAGUCAGUGAGUGAGGGUUUCACACACACACGUCCUGCACACAUCCAGUGUGCUCAGAAUGACACGGAUGAGUAUGGUAUUGAGCAUUUUCAUCUUGUUUCUUCAUACCACUUUUGGGGAAAGUGGUUGCACCUCAGCCGAUUGUGAUGGGACCUUUGGAGAUGACGAACCUGAUAAUUUUGACAUUGACUGCUUCAGCCAGCUGGAAUUUAAGGAUUCCUACAGCAGCCUGACCUGCAAUUUUACAGAGCUGCCACCUCACAACACUAACUAUACCCUGACUGUGUGUACCAAGGAAGACAGCAGUGACCUGUGUUCCAAUAUGGAGAAACAGGAGGAUGUUUAUUUUUUACAAUUCAGCGAUAUACUCUCAAAUAAAGACAUUUGCAUGGGAUAUGAGACAAAGAGAAGGGUCUGCAGGAGUCUGAUUGUAACUGACAUAGUCAAGCCUGAGGUACCAUUUGACAUAAACAUAACAUAUCAAAAGGAGGCAAAUGAAUAUCUUAUUCAUUAUAGUACACCACACUCACGGAAGAAAUAUUUAAAGGACAAAUUAAUACACCAAAUAGCCUAUCGGCAGGAAGAGAGCACUUGGAAGACCAUAGAGUCGCCAUACCUUCAGGUAAAGUUACUGGGAAAGAACCUUGAAACAGAUGCACUGUAUGAGGUGAAAGUACGUUCUCAGCCCAACGGAGAUUAUUUUAAGGGCACGUGGAGUGAGUGGAGCACUUCGAAGAGCUUCAGGACCACAGGAGAGCACUCCACGGAGAGCUAUAGCAGCAUGUUCAUGAUUAUACUCUCCAUCCCGGGAUUCAUUCUGUCAGUUGUCAUGAUUGUCCUGAUCCUAACAUUUUGGGAAAGCAGGAUCAAGCCUGUUGUGUGGCCAAACCUUCCUGAUCAUAAAAUAACUCUGGAGCGACUGUGUAAGAAGCCAAAAAAUAAUUUUGAUAUAAGCUUUAACCCAGAGAGUUUCGGUUUUGUUUUUAUCCAUGAAGUGGAUGGCAUUCAAGCAAAAGCGGAACAGGAAAAUUUUCUGCAGCCACAACCUACUCCAGAGACAGAUGUUCCACCAAAGUUUAGGAGCGGAUCAGACCUGAAGAGAAACCCUGCAAGGACUGACAAAAGCAGCCUGAAUGUGUCUGUGAAUUAUGGAGGAAUCUGGUCUGCAGAGGCUCUGCAUGGACUCCUUGGUAGCAGCCAGUCUGCAGACACUGCUGGCAUCUGCAGCUCCAGCACGUAUGAGGUGUGCCACUGCAGCGGGGUGCUCCUGUGUGACGAUGGCUUUCACCUUCCCUCUGCUCCUCCCUUGGAUCCUCCAAGCCAACCUGGUCCAGAGCCCCAGAAUGGCAUCGUGGUGCCACCUACCAGUGAAUUGAAGUCACCAAGCGAUGAAGAAGCCUAUGUCACCAUGUCUAGCUUUUACAAAAAUCAGUAGGCCUUACAGAUAGCACAUAACACUGCCUUUUCUCUAAAACAAGCAGGAUACUGAAGCUUUCUGUUUUGUUCUCCUGUGUUCUGUCUCAUCUAGUUCCCACCUUCACCAUGCCCUGCUCACAGUGCAAUGCUGUACGAAGAAGUGUGGGUUCUUCUGCCUUUCAGUGGUGAGUGGCCUAACUUCUGCCCUCUGUGUCCCAGCAGCAAUCUCCACUGCAGCAGAAAUGAAAUUUAAUUUUAUCUGACUUACGUCUUCAGAUCUGAUUAACCCAGAGCAAUGACGCUGCACUCCAGCCAAGGAUAAUACCAUGUCUAGGAGAAGUGAAACCUAUUAAGCUCUUGUUAAUGCCUAAACAAGAAAUAUAGCAACAAGUUCAAGUGAAACUGAAUGUGAUCUUUCUCACAUUAGACCAAGAGUAACUCCUCUGCAGCUGGUGGAAGUCCACAUAAGUCCAUAAGUUUUUUUGUAAAACUUAUGGACAGUAAGUGACAGUAAACGAGAGUUGCUAUCAAGCAUUAGUCACCUGGGGAUUCAGAAUAUUGGUCGCUGCAAAGGUAGUUGACUGAGCCCCCAGGAAAGAAGAACAUGGAAUCACUUUUGGAAGAUGUUUUCACAGACUUAUUUUUUUGAGAGAUGAAAACAGCACAAAACUCGACGUACCACUAUAUUUUGCUAUUGGUAUAAACGUACCCCAGAGCUAAAUUCAGGAUCCAUACGUAUUUGUGCUACUGUCAUGUAUUAAAGACUCUCAAUAUCUCAUGUCAUGUAUUUGCAAUUUUUAGCUAAGAAAACAAAACAAAAUCAAUGAAAAACAAAGUCCAAGUUCUUCCUGGAACUGAACUGGGGCUAUAAAAUGCAUGGUGCUUUCUUUCUCUGCAGCUCUUGUGCAAGCAUUAGUGCAGCAUGCAAGUACUUUCCAGGACAGAAGGGAUGUGUGGGCAACGUUCGCUCACUAGAAUUGUCACCAGUGGCUGUGUCUGCUUAAGAAUACUUUCAGUUGGGCCAGGUACUUUUUUCAUGUGGCUUCUGGCCUAGGAAUAUGGUUGGAGCAUCAUGAAACUUGCCACUGAUCCAAAGAUCUAUAUUUCAAAAAUAGUAGCUUGUAAAUUGCCUGGAGGUAAUGUAGAAAAACUCUUUAAUGUUAUGACCCAGGAAGGCACCCUGUCCCUUCCUAUCUGUCUUUCUGAACUCUGUGCCCAUCUCUGAGGGACUCCCCAUGUGCUGCCACUGAGAGGACUGAGCCACCCCACUGUCCCUGUGGGACACUGCACACUGCGGAGCACACGCUUGGAGACAAAGCUGCUACAGCCACAUGGCUGCAUGACAGCCCAGCAGUGUGGCCAUGGGAAAUCCAAGCUGCCUUGCUGUGUUCUGGGAUUGGGGUUCACCUCACUGUGAAGUGCCAGGUCCUCUAGCUGCUUGAAAUGUCCUUUACUGACAUGUCCAUGUUCCCAGAAUAUAAGGGCAAAAAGAGUCCUCCCUCAUCCUCACAGCUACCCAAACAUUUUCUGACUGCUAACAACCACUGAGAAGUUGUUAUAUUUAAGAUAGUCCGCUGGAGAAAACCAGUGCUCUCAGGACAGCUCUCUGCCAGCCCCAGGUCUCUGCAUGCACAAUGGCAUGGGGUUUGGCUCAUGGAAGUUCAGUGACAUUUGCAGAAUUUUUCAUCACUGUUUCUCACCAAAUUACAGAUUGGUUAAUACAGUAGAAGAAGAUGAAAGCCCUGGACAUUCAUUUGGUUUAUAUUGCUUGGUUUUUGUUAAAAUAAAUAGCUGCUGGUAAUGCUCAUACUGUGCAGACUUGCACAGUGCAACUGUAGAUGUGGAGAGAACGUGCUGGAAAGAUAGCCUCUUCCAGUAACACAGUGAUAAACAUAGCGGGGAUAAGCAAAAGCAUAUCAUAAAAAUGCAGUACAGUAUGUGCUGUGCUUGUUCUGAAUUCAUAUAUACAUUUUUAAUGAGUAAAAUGUCCAUCAACCGUAUCUAUUUGCACUAUUUAAACGGUAAGUUACCCACAUGUAACAGUCUUCCUGUUUGUCCAGGUACACUGGACAAGGUACACUGAUUUUUAAUACGGGAAAAGUGCUAGCAACUUGAUGUUUAUUUCCUUUAACCACUCUGAAACUGUUAUAAUUUUCCUAUGUAGUAGCCAUAUUUUUGCAUAGCUGCUAAUGUUUAAAUAUUCAUUCUGUUCCCUACGUAUUAUUUUAUUUAAUUAGAUAACUUGUAACCUUGGUUUUAUAAUGUCUUUACUGUAUUAAAAGGACGUGGCUAUUUGCAUGACCUA